AUGGAUUCAACCUAUAGUUAGAUAUAUGGGGAAGCGCGGGAUUGGUUAAGAAAUUGAGAUUUAAAUAUUGAAAUCCGUUGCUUGUCUUCCGCAUGACAAAAACAGCAAAAUUUGUAUUUGAGAAGAAAGUUAGCAUUGAAUAUAUUUCUUUUCGUGGAACAUACAAGUAACGUGAGUAAUAUUAACCAGAACGCGACGUUUUACAUCAUAUAGUGCACAAUCCAGCCAAAAAAUAAUACAAGAUGUCAAAAGACGAAAAAGAAUGCGUUAUUCCUGACGUGAUAUACGAUGUAAACUCAGGAAAAAGUUAUAUCAAGGGACGAUUUUUUGGAAAAGGUGGUUUUGCAAAAUGUUAUGAAAUUAGAGAAUCAAAGUCACAUCGUGUAUUUGCUGGAAAAAUUGUGCCAAAGUCACAAAUUACAAAGAGCAAUCAAAGAGAGAAAAUGACACAAGAGAUUUCCAUUCAUCAAACUUUGAACCAUAAAAAUAUUGUAGGCUUUUAUGGUUUUUUUGAUGAUCCACAAAAUGUAUAUAUAAUUUUAGAGCUAUGCAGGAAAAGGUCAAUGAUGGAAUUACAUAAACGUAGAAAAGCACUAACGGAAUGCGAAACGAGAUAUUAUAUGAAGCAAAUUUUGGAUGGUGUCAAUUAUUUACACCAAAAUAAAAUAAUUCAUAGGGAUCUUAAAUUAGGUAACUUAUUUUUGAGUGAUGAUCUACAGGUUAAAAUUGGUGAUUUUGGUUUAGCCACCAGAUUAGAACAUGAAGGAGAACGUAAAAAAACUGUGUGUGGUACACCUAAUUAUAUUGCACCAGAAAUUUUAACUAAAGCUGGACAUUCUUAUGAAGUUGAUAUAUGGAGUAUUGGAUGCAUUAUGUACACUUUGCUUGUAGGAAAACCUCCAUUUGAAACAUCAAGCUUAAAAGAAACCUAUGCUAGAAUAAAACAAGUCCAAUAUAAAAUUCCUACACAUAUCAAUACAAUUGCAAUGAAUAUGAUAUCUAAUAUGUUACAAGGAAAUCCAUCUAAACGUCCUUCCAUAACAAAAUUAAUGAAAGAUCCAUUUUUUACUUGCGGAUUUAUGCCACUUAGCUUACCAUUAUCAUGUUUAACAAUGGCACCUCGCCUAGAUAUGUUAGAAAUGCAUAAUCAACGUAAACCAUUAUCUGAAAUGAAUACUAAUGUAGGAGGAGAAGGACAAGAUUUUGUAUUCCGCGUACCUAAUAGUCCGGUGCGUAAGACAAAACCCACCGAUGCAAUUAGUGAAGUUCAAAAACUGAAUCUUGAUAUUAGAAAAAUGCUUCAAACAUUGAGAGAACAGCUGAGUGCUGUAUUAAAGGCUAAACCAAGUAGAGAAACAACUUCAUCAGCAGAUGAAAUGACUGAUCCAGCUGCACAACCUGUUGUAUGGAUAAGCAAAUGGGUUGACUACUCGGAUAAAUAUGGAUUCGGAUAUCAACUUUCUGACGAUGGUGUGGGUGUAAUGUUCAAUGAUGGUACCCGUUUAAUAAUGCUAGCCAACUGUUUCAAUAUUCAUUAUAUAAAUCGAGAAGGAAACGAAUUAUAUUACACAGUCAAAGAAUAUCCAUCUGAAUUAGAGAAGAAAAUGAGGCUGAUGAAUUUUUUCCUAAAAUAUAUGAAAGAACAUUUAAUGAAGGCCGGAUGUUCUUUUGCGGUAAAACCAUGUGAUGCUAUGUCUAGGAUACCAUACAUGCAUCAAUGGUUUAGAACACAAAGUGCUGUAGUUAUGCAAUUGACUAAUGGAACAGUACAAAUAAAUUUCCUUGAUCAUACAAAGAUUAUUAUGUGUCCGCUAAUGGCGGCUGUUACAUAUAUAGACACAGAGAAGAAUUUCCGAACUUAUAGAUUCCAAACUAUACAAGAAAAUGGAUGUUGUAAAGGUUUAGCUAAAAAUUUGGCAUACGCUCACGAAAAACUUGUAUUAAUGUUAUCGAACCCUCAAACUCGAUAAUUAUGGCUUGAGAUCAAAUGUUUUAAGAAGAGAACAAUUCUGAUACCAGUAUAUUUUAUAGAAAUAUAUCGAAUUUUUGCUAGAUGUUUAUAUUGCAACAUCCAAAUGAAACAUCUUACAAAUCAUGCAAACAGUUUAAUUAUUUCGGAGGUAUUUUCACGUUCUCAAAGGGACCCUUCGUAAUUUUUUUAUCAGUAUAGACAAAUUAUGGUUUUAGUCCUUUUUGUAAUAAUUCGUAUUUUGACAAUUUUAUGACUGAACGCAUUUAAAUUUGAGUAUUUUGCCAUGAUAUUCGUUACUCCAUAUAAAUAUCAAAAAUAAUCAUAAAAUAUGAACAGUAAUUAAUUAACAUUGCUUUAAUGGAGUAGUGCAAUUGAACACUUGUUUAUUUAUAUAUCUAAUAUACAAGGAAAAAUAAGGACUAAUCUUUAAUAUUAUUCUAAGAUGAAUGCAUUCCAAGAAAAAAUUUUUCUCAUCCGAUUUUCAUUUGACCAAUGUUAGGUCUGCUAAUGUGUGUAAAGUAUGCGUGUGCGUAUUAUGCACCAUUAAAACAUAGUAAAAUUUCUAAUUCUCUUGAUUUUACAAGAGGAGAUCAGAAUUGUUUCGUAAUUGUAAAAUUAUUGUACGACAUCUAAAAGGUCGUGAAAUGAAAUGCUAAAUAGAAUAAGUGAAAACCUAACAAAAUGACAAUAUUUAUAUAAGGCCUAAAUUCUUACUCUACAAAAUAUUUAAAAAAAAAAUAAGUAUAUACAAAUGUGUACAUAGAUACAAACAUUUCAUGGCAUUAAGAUAAUACAUAUCGUAUCAGCAUUUAUUGCAUUAAAUAUUAAGAAAUUGUAA